UCUAAUUGUAGGUGGAAACUACCAACUACCACCAAGCAUAGGGGCACUAAAUUGUUGCUAAAAAAAGUAAAAUCACUACGUGGCUCUCCCAAAAGAAAACGAUAUGACAAUUGACAUCGGAGUCGCGACAUUUCCACUCUCUCACUCUUUCUUCUUUCAAACGGAAACCCGAAAAACUUAAUUAUCCAAUUAUGAACUCACUCGUUUCACCUCUUCUCUCAUUCCAUCGAUCUUUCAUUCUCUUUCUCAAUCUACUUUCUCUAUUUAUCACUUUCAGUAACUGCCACAUCCCAACCACACUCGAAGGUCCAUUUCUUCCCGUCACCGUUCCAUUCGAUCCUUCCUUGCGCGGCGACACCGUCGAUUUACCUGACACCGAUCCUCGCGUCCUCCGUCAAGUCGUCGGAUUAGAGCCGGAGCAAAUUUCGCUGUCUCUUUCUACCACUCAUGACUCCGUUUGGAUCUCUUGGAUUACAGGGGAAUAUCAAAUUGGUUACAACAUCAAGCCAUUAGACCCUAAAACAGUCUCAAGUGUUGUUCUAUAUGGAACUUCAAAAUUUGAAUUAGUGAAUGUAGCAAAGGGCCAAUCCCUCAUCUACAACCAACUUUAUCCUUUUGAAGGCCUUCAGAAUUACACUUCUGGAAUAAUCCAUCAUGUUCGACUCACAGGAUUGGAACCAAGCACACUAUACUAUUAUCGAUGUGGAGAUCCGUCAUUACAUGCCAUGAGUGAUAUAUACUAUUUCAGGACCAUGCCAAUUUCUGGUCCACAGAGCUACCCAGGAAGAAUUGCUAUAGUUGGAGAUCUUGGUCUCACGUAUAAUACGACUACCACCAUCAGUCACAUGACUAGCAACGAACCUGAUCUUGUCCUAUUACUUGGUGAUGUAACAUAUGCAAAUCUGUACCUUACAAAUGGAACUGGCUCAAACUGUUAUAGUUGCUCAUUUCCACAAACUCCUAUACAUGAAACCUACCAGCCUCGAUGGGAUUAUUGGGGAAGGUUUAUGCAGAAUCUAGUGUCCAGAGUUCCUAUAAUGGUGGUAGAAGGAAAUCAUGAAAUUGAAAAACAGGCUGGAGACAAGACAUUUGUGGCUUACAGUUCCAGGUUUGCGUUCCCCUCUGAAGAAAGUGGAUCACCAUCCACAUUCUACUACUCUUUCAAUGCUGGCGGCAUUCAUUUCAUUAUGCUUGGGGCUUAUAUUAAUUAUGAAAAACCAGGUGAACAAUACAAGUGGUUGGAGAGAGAUCUGGCUAAUGUUGAUAGAUCAGUGACUCCCUGGCUUGUAGCUACCUGGCAUCCACCAUGGUAUAGUUCUUAUAAAGCUCAUUACAGAGAAGCAGAGUGUAUGCGGGUGGAGGUUGAAGACCUGCUUUACUCAUAUGGUGUGGAUAUAGUAUUCAAUGGACAUGUUCAUGCUUAUGAGAGGUCCAAUCGGGUUUAUAAUUAUAAAUUAGAUCCUUGUGGUCCUGUAUACAUUACUAUUGGGGAUGGGGGUAACCGAGAGAAGAUGUCAAUCCCAUUCGCAGAUGAGCCUGGCCAUUGUCCUGAUCCUUCAACUACUCCUGACCCUUACAUGGGUGGCUUUUGCGCAACAAAUUUUACAUUUGGCCCAGCAGCGGGCAAGUUUUGUUGGGAUCGCCAGCCGGAUUACAGUGCUUUCAGAGAAAGCAGCUUUGGCUAUGGAAUUUUUGAGGUAAAAAAUGAAACAUGGGCUUUGUGGACUUGGUAUCGCAAUCAGGACUCUUAUAAGAAAGUCGGAGAUCAAAUUUACAUAGUAAGACAACCUGAUAUAUGUCCUGUUCGUCAGAGGAUGUAUAGCGAUUGUGUUGCUUCGUUUUAAGAAACAUGAUGAUUUUAUGAUUUAAAAUCGCACAUUUGGCAAUACACUUGGUAAAACAUAAUCAGUUGAGGGAAGGAGACAGAUGGCAAUUGAUCCACAUUUUUAGGAGUGAUAAGAAGCAAAAGAGAGAUAAUUGCUCACAUAAAUAUUCACUUGUGACUUUGUAUAAAAAGGGUGAGCAUUGAAGAAAAUUGAUGAAGUCGCGCCUUUUUCCUUUUGGUACUCUCUUGUAUAGUAAUGGUUAAAUCUUGUAUUUGACCUUC